UGUCCAGCCGGAGCCGCCAGGAGACAUCCGAUAGCCGGGGCCUUAUCAGCACCGGGGGCAGAGUGAAAGCAGCAGGAUGGGUUACAGGCGUCUGCGCCACCACGGCUGGCACCGGUUCAGGAGCAAAUAUACCAGAGUGUUCCACAGCACUGAGUCAAGAGCCGGCGCGAUGGCCUCUGAGCUGGAGCGCGCCAUGGAGGGGCUGAUCACCGUCUUCCACAACUACUCGGGCAAGGAGGGCGACAAGCGCAAGCUGAGCAAGAAGGAGCUGAAGGAGCUGCUGCAGACGGAGCUGGGCUGCUUCCUGGAGACCCAGAAGGACGCGGGCACCGUGGAUGGCAUCAUGCAGGACCUGGAUGAGAACGGUGACGGGGAGGUGGAUUUCAAGGAGUACGUGGUGCUGGUGGCCGCUCUUACCGUGGCCUGCAACGCCUUCUUCUGGGAAGACACCUGAGCGGGGAGCCUGCACCACCUGGAGCCCCCUAGAGCUGCACAUCCCGCCCCCCAUUCUGAGCCAGCCGCCGGCAUCCUCUCUAACCAGCUAGACAGAGCUACUCAUUAAAGGCACCAAACCCGC